AUGGAGCAAAUUGCAAUCCCUUUCGAAUGUCCUGAUCAAGGAGUCCUGCGAAAGCAGAAAAUUCUGCUCAAAUGCUCACUCCGGACCCACGCUGGCUUUGAGCGCUGCACAUCUUUCGCAGCACCCAUCAUGUCCCUCCCGCCCAGCGACGUCACCCAUGCAGCCCUCGUCUCGCAAAGUUUACGAAAGCUGCAGGCAAAUGAACAUGUUAGUGACGGCAUUGAUCCGCAUGCCGGGGACGAACCUUCAACACCAGGUGGUAAUGGCGAGCACGACCAUACUUCGAGCCCAGGUCGUCUUAACCCUCAUGUGCGCGAAGGAUAUGGCUUCCGACCCUCUUCUGGUGUUUCUACCCCAAAUAUACCAUCGUCCUCCUUCGAAUCAGGCAGUCCUUUGCCCGAUCCCAACGGCUUAGGAUGGCCCGCGAAGUCAACGCUGUAUCGCUUGAAUGCUACACCCGCCCAGCGGGUCGAACGGGAGCAGAAACUCGCUGCUGCCGUUCGAACUAUUUUGGACUGUAUCGGUGAGGAUCCAAACAGGGAAGGCCUCGCUAGAACACCAGAACGUUAUGCGCAAGCGCUCAUGUGGAUGACUCGAGGUUACGAGGAACGUCUUGCAGACAUCAUCAACGACGCUAUCUUCGCGGAGGACCACGACGAGAUGGUGAUAGUGCGUGACAUCGACAUCUCCAGCCUGUGCGAGCAUCAUUUAGUCCCAUUCAUGGGUAAAGUUGCAAUAGCAUACAUUCCGAACAACCUCGUACUCGGCUUGUCGAAGCUUGCCCGUAUUGCUGAGACAUUUAGCCGUCGCUUGCAAGUACAAGAGCGUUUGACGAAACAGAUUGCACUUGCGGUGCAAGAAGCUAUUAAACCACGAGGAGUUGCUGUUGUAAUGGAGGCUACCCAUUUGUGCAUGACAAUGCGCGGUGUGCAGAAACCAGGCUCGAUGACCGUUACUUCAUGCAUGCUCGGGUGCUUCAGAACCCAGCAGAAAACGCGUGAAGAGUUUCUUACUCUGAUUAAAGGACGGUGA